AGUAUUGUCAUCGUUGCAGCGUCCAACCUGUCCGUGCAGAAACUUCUUUGGGUGCAUUUUUCUAUCUUGACGUUACGAUGUUUUACUCAUAACAUUUUUAAUUUGAUGUACUUUUGAAUUUAUGACUUAAUGUAAACAUAUCCACAGUGUAGUCACGUAAACCGCCUGGUCGUCCUUUUAGUAUAAAUCGCUCCCUAAUCAAUAUCAGAUACUUCCAGGUCAAGUGCAGCUCAACGAAAUAAACAAGCGUAAAAAAGACUGCGACGCAAAAAGAUUAAAACAAACAAACAAAGUAAACGAAAACCAAUCAGAACAGAAGGCCCUGGUUCAUCUGCAAGUUAUGCUACACACGGGAUGGCGGAAAGACAGGACAAUGAGAUUGAAGAAGCAGACCAAAUAUACCUUCUGAUGAAGGAGGAGUACCGAAUAUCCAGGAAUGUCCGCCUUGCCUGGUUUCUUGGCAAACUAAACCAAGUCAUCAGGCCGACCUCAAACUCUGAACUGCUACACUCAGAGAACGAGCUUGACCUGUUAAGUGUCUUGCCCAAAGGAUGGCAGCCAGACCAGCCUCCAACAGCACAACCCUGUAUGUUGAUACCUUCCACCCGGGCCAUGUUCCUGGCCCGCCGAUACCGCUUUGUCAUUGAACUGGACCUCAGCCCUUCAACUGGGAUUGUGGAUGACAGUGCCGGAAAGCUGAUAUUUGAUGAAGUCUUCAAUGCCCUUUCAAAAUGUCUCGCUGGUCUUGCUCGACCCUUCCGAGUUCCUGGCACCAGUCAAGUUUUCCAACCAAAGGUUUUCAUCACUAUCCUGGCUUAUUCCUCAAUCAUUGGACUUAGUUCCCACCAGGUACUGGUUCAAUGUUGCCAGCUUGAUUGCACAGAUCUGACGCAGUUCCUGCAAAAGGUGUACCACCAGCUCAGAGCAGUGGAGAACAACAUUGCAGAGGUUCUGCAGCAGCAGCAUGAGCAGUCUGAACGGCCUCUUUUGAGUUCAUCACUUGAUGGUUGCAAGUUGGACAGCCAGUUCCACCAGAAGCAGGGUAUUACCAUGGUACCGGCUGACAUCGGACUGGUCAGUAUGGUUCGCCAGGGGAUUCUGGCCCUUCAGUUGCUGCCCCCCAACUCAAGUGCAGGUAUAAUCAUCAUCACAGAUGGAGUGACCAGCGUGCCUGAUGUGGCAGUGUGCGAGACUCUUUUGAACCAGCUCCGCAGUGGAACCAUUGCCUGUUCUUUUGUUCAGGUAGGCGGCACAUACUCCUACGACUGCAGCUUUGGUUAUGUCCCAAAUGUGGAACUUAUGAAGUUUAUAUCCUUGGCUAGCUUCGGCUCCUACCUAGCCAGCUGUCCGGAAGUAGACGUUGAUAGCUUGGAGAUGAACUCCUAUCACAAGGCCCUCCUCAGCUACUCCUUCCUAAAGACAACGGAGUCCAUGUUCUCAGAGUACUUCUGUGUGAGCCAGCAUAAGUUGUUCAAUGAGCACCUGGUGUCCACCAGUGGGAACCCAGCCCUGGUGAUGCGCAGAAAGAAGCACACGGAGAAGGAGGUGCACGCCCACCUCAUUAGCGUGGUCUCUGUGAGACUCCGAGAGGGUUACACCAUCAGGGAGAUCAACCUAACCAAAGGUGGCAGUCAGCUGGAGGUGAAGCUGGUGUUGCUAUGGAAACACAACAUGAGCAUCGAGUACCUGGCGGCCGCUGCCUGGCCGCUGGAUCCUGACCUGCGCAACACUAGGGUUGAGGUGAUAAUGGAGGGGAGCUACGACAUCCUGCAUGACAUCAGCUGCACGCAGAAGAAGCCCAUCACUAGCCCCUACCGCACUUCCGUCAUCCGGCGCUUCUGGAACACUCUGCAGAGUAUAAACCAGACAGAUCAAAUGCUGGUGCACCUGCAGGCCUUCAACUCUCUCCCUGAGAAUUACAUGAUCCCAGAAAGCACCAAGAAUGGAGUCCCACUCUUCUACAUACCUCCGGGGUCAACAACACCGGUUCUGUCCUUGCAGCACAGUGGAUCCAAAGAUUCGUCCCGUUCACUUUUUUCCUCCUACUGGAAGCCCAUCCUUUCCAUGGAUGCCAACUUCUGGCAGAGGUGGCUGCACAUGCACCGCAUCAGUAUCAUCCUGGAGCAUGACAUGCCUCUACCGAAGCACGUUCAUACCCCUGGAAACAAUGGGCGCUUCAGUACCAUUCAGUGUCGCAUCUCCCACUCCGCUCUUACAUCCCUUCUCAAAGACUGGACCAGCUUUGUCUUGGUUGAGGGCUACUCCUACAUUAAGGUCAUUUACAGUUCGCCUGAACACCCACCUUCCUCUUUCUACCUGGUGCGUCUGAUCUCCAAGACCCCUUGCAUGGUGCUGCGCCUGGGCUUCCCUAUCGGCACUCUGGCCCACAUCAGGAACAAGAUUGUGGAUGAGCUCCGGGACCAGAUCCUUAAACUGCGCUUCCCUCAUCGUGUUCAAAACAUCAAGGAGGUUACUCCCAAGACUAAGAGGAAGCUACCUGGCCAGCCGUCGCCAUCCAAGUCCCCCUCUCUCCCUGUCCCCAAGCUGGCCUUGUCAGACAGACCCUGCGUGGUGGUGCUCAACAAGCCCCUGGAGAGACUGCUGAUAAGGUAUGACAAGCUACCGCUGGACUUCCAAGUGCCUUUCAUGUUCAACAUGGAGAACCCCGCUCACGUGCCUAACACCGGGACCCCGCUCAACGUGGCUGCCAGCCGCUCCGCCUCGUCCACGCUGGCCUCCCUUUCCCGCUACUUCUACCACCGGCGCUGGGUCUGGGCCAUGCAGAGGAACCAGGGCCCCGUUGUGUCCAUCCAGGCCAUGGGUCACAUCCUCUCCAUUCUGUCUGAAAUCAGGUUGUCAGAGGGGUUUCACUUUGCAGCCAGUGGAGAGGGCAUUGUCAACAUGGUUCUCGAGCUUCCAAUGAAGGGCACAUCGUUGGACUUGGACAAAGAGAGUCAUUCAUGCAUGGUUCAAUACAUCUUGUUCCCGCCCCACUCCAACGCUACCAAAGAUAGUUUCUCCACCGACGAUGACAAUGACACAGAGGUGGAGGCCAUCGACGCGGAUGUGGAGCUGAACCUGGUGACAGAGUGUUGGGUGGAGCCGCAGACUGGGACAGUGCUGAGCCACACUGACCAGCAUCACCAGUACCACGGCCUCAAGUACCAAGAGAUCCCUCAAGCGAUCUUCCCAAAGGAUUUGUCCUGCAUGUCAACCAUGUUGACAUUUGAGUACCUGAGCCAAAUGUGUCAGAACAAGGACCAGAUGCAGCCCAUAGUAGCAGACCUCCACGAUGGGGAAGGAGAGUUCCUGGCAUCUGAAGACAGAAUUCUAACCGUUCCGUUUCAGUUUGACCUCAUCCAGCUGCUCCCCAAGUGUCAGCAGAUAGAAAUGUUCUUCCUCAUGUUUGGCAAAGUGGAGAAUGAGGAUGCAAACCAGGGCCUCUCAUUCCUGCCCAAUGACAUGCUGCUCAGCCUCUUCCACAGCAGUCUGGAGCAGGACCUCAGCGACCGAGAGAUACUACUGGCUGACAGUGACCAUCUGUUGUUCAUUCAAAACAUCCUGGAGCGGGAGCGGGAGGGGCACGUUGCACCGUUUUCGUUGCCCAUUCUUAAAGAGGAGUACCUUGGGACUCCAGACCGGCAGGAUACAACCAUGUCCUUCCACACCAUCAGCAGCAGCCAGGAGGUGACGGGCUCCACAAGCACUUUACAGAGCUUCAGUAACGUAGACCUUGUGGAUGAGGAGCCGGUCCAACCGGGCCGGCGCUAUGCUGCCCCCCAGUGGAGGUGCUACGCCAAGUACAUCAGCUCCCAGCAGAUCUUUCUGACCUUCCUCCCCACAGCAUUAGCAGGCAAGAAGCCUCCUAUUUCUCUAAUGCGUAGAGCGCUAUUAUCCUAUGUUUCAUCGGGCUUAAUUUGCCCCAAUCCCAUGCCUUUGUCGUCUGCUGCUGUCUCCUCAUCCCCAGAUGUUGGAAUGUUGAUGUCCUCGGAGGCGGGGGCAGAAGCGGAAGGCGAUGUGGACGUAACCCAGUCCAAUGAUUCGCUCCAUGACUCGGUGGGCGGAGCCCAGGCCGAAGCCCUGUCUUUCUACUUGAGCAGAGGGGAGCAGUCUGACUGUUCCCGGGGGGCGUCCCCUGGUCUGGAGGGUGAGGGGCCUACCCCAGACUGCCUCACCCUGCACCAGGACAGCAGGGACAGGAGGCGCUCGGAGACUGAAACCCCAAGGCCCCAGUCAGGUCAGGAGAGCCGUGUUCCUCUUGCAUUCCCAGAAAAAGAGGGAGUGCAGUUUUGGGAGCCCCAGGUGAGUGACGUCAGUCCUCCAUCCCAGCAGAGGCCAGCCCACGGAGGCCACCUGCGCUGCCCCGUUUACGUCUACCACGUCUCUCUGGACCACCUAAAGGACCAACUGGUCCACCCCACCUCUAGCCGACAGAGCCACGAUGUGUUCAUGAGGUCGCUGUCUCAGGAGCGCAGCAGCAUGUCUUCCUGGACAGAUUCUCUAACCCAGUCUCACAAGCACAAAGAGCUAGCCAACUAUUGCAGUCUUCUUCAGGAGCAUUACCACCAAAGCUAUGUCAAAGGUGUGUACCGAAGCCUGCAGCAGUCCUAUAACAUCUGCUCCCAGGACCUCCUGACAGCGAUGGACUAUUGUGAGGAAUCUCUCCAGGAGAUUGAUAUCACAUCCUUCCUGCAGACCCUCUGUGGCCACGUCCGGGACUUUCAGGAAAGUGCUGACAUUCAAAGUGAGGAAAUUUCCACAAGAUCCCCGAUGUUGGUCAUCGGUGAGACAGAGGAAGAUGGGACAUCUUCCUUCUCACCCAGUGUUGAAGUGACAAAAGGAAAAGAACCAUGGGAGGAAUCGUCCACUGAGCCAGCAUCUCCAGCCAUCCUGGAGGAGAACAGGACUAACAAGAGCCAAGACCUCCUUCUGUCUCUGCUUAGGACGCAGCACACGUGUGAGGUGCAUCCGGAUCUCAACAAAAUAAUACAGGACAAGUUUACUGAAAUUGGAUCUCAGUAUUUCAAGAUGGUGCCCUUAAGCCCCCACUACUUCUUCUAUUAUCCCCCGUCAUCAAAGAAUGAGAAGGAUUCUGAUGGAGACGAGAGGAGACCCAGUGAGGAAUUGAUGUCUGAACCCGAUCCAGUCACUGAGGAUGAGAACCUGUCGGGCUGCUGCAUCGUGACGGAGAGCGACACCGACCUGGAGGUGGAGUACCAGGAGGGCGGUGCCGCCAAGUCGGACGGGGGCGAGGGCGAGGGGGACGACGGGUCGCUGUCAGAUUCGGACACCGUCAACCAGGAUGAGGACGACUCCUUCAGCAUCCUGGACGCAGACUCCCUCCUGGAGCCCGAGGCCACGUCACAGGAGAUGCCGCCUCUGUUCGUGCACCUCACCUGCUCUGUCAACCUGAAGAGCUGCCAUGGGUCCAAGCCCAUACAGACCCUGCCCACCUGCCUAGCUGAAGUGUUAUCCUGCCUGGACAAUGCAGAGUCCCUUCAGAUUGUAGAUUUGAACGAGCUCUCGGUUACGUUGGACAUUUUUGUCCUGACGCUACCACCCGAGAUUGAAGUCAUGGCAGACUUCCAUCACAACAGGUACACAUCGGAGAGCAGUGUGUCUCUGAACCGUUCCCCUGGACAGCCCUCAUCAUACCGCUCGGAUGAGGAGAUGAUGUGUGGGCUGGACGACCUCAGAGGAACCAACGUUAACGGGGUCACUGGAGAUUCUCUGUCCAAACUGCCAAUGCCACAAAAGCUGGCUUUGCUGGCUACAAUGGAAGAGAUCCGCUGGCUCCUGGAGGACGAGAUCGUGUCGGCGCUGAGGUGCUCGCAAGCCAUCAGCUCGACCGUCCUGCAGAAGGUUGCGGACCACGUGGUGCGGUCCAGCGGGCGGAUGUGCUGCCAGCACGAGAUUGUCCCCCUGCAGUUUGUCUUUGGCCCAGAGCAGUCCCUCGAGAAAUUCAGACAGGAGUUCCGCAGAAUAUCCUUCCAUGGGUAUGUUUUGAACGGUGAACAAGACAGCUUCCACUACAUGUCCCUGAGUCGAAGGGCCCUGGCUGGCAAGACCAAGGCAGACCACGCGUUGGACCUCCGCCGACAGCUGGACUUGUGUGCCAUCAGAGUAAACGCUGGAGACAAGUCCGGGUGUAGUCAGGCUUCUCUCUGCAAAGUCCCAGAGAAUGAAAAAUCGGUAGGAGCGACGGAGGCAGACAGUGAGGGCGAAGAGAUGAAGCCUUCUAACACCGAUUGCAGCCUGCCGUCUGGAUCCUCGACGGAUGGUGUCAAAGUGGUCAAGCAACAGUCUGAAGGCUUCCACUCACAGAAUUCCUCAACUAAGUCCCCCAUCAGCCUUAAUCUGCUGCCAGGACCCGUCAGCGCUGAGCAAGGCUCGGAGCCCUCCUCGCUCCCCAAAACCCCGUCCACUGUCAGCCUGACGGAGUCUUUGCAGUCAGCCACCCAUUGUAGUGGAAAACUAAGAACUAACCGUGUCCAAAGUGUGGUGUCCAGCCAAGGAAGUCUUGAUUCAGACAUGUUGGGGUACGAUGGCGACAGCAGUGACUCGGAAAGCGAAAGCCCAGCGUGGGACGAACAGGAGCCGAAGGUGUUACUCAUGCCCAACUUCUGGCUCAUCGUUAGGAUCCACCAGGACAGGGUGGAGGUGUACUCCCACUCUCGGAGCUUCACGGAUGACAAAGAUGAGCUGGAGAAACCGGCAGACCUUCCCGAGUACCUCAAGCUGCAUCAGAUGAUGGUGCGCAAGAUCAGUGAUAUGUGCAGAGUCGUCAAUCAGCGCAUGCUGUUGCAGGAUCUGCACGAUAGACACGUAUGCAACUCUCUGCUGGUGGCGGAGAGCGAAGACGACAUUUGGAAGAACGACUCCCUCUACAGGCAUAGGCAUGCCAUCUCGGAUGAUUACACUACUGAGGAGAACUACCAACCCAGAGACUACCUGGCCGCCACCAUGGAGUUCAUCCCUGGAUACUUUGCCUGCGAAGUGGUGUGGAGCACCAUCAUCCUCAUCCACCCGCGCCUCAAGAUAGGGCCCAACAUGGGCGUGUCGCGAGCCAUUCAGGCCUUGCGCUCUGUGCUAAAUUCCUUCUGCGUGGGCAACAGGAAGAACAUGUUUGUCUACCAGGAGCGAACAACUAAAUCUGUCUUCUAUCUCAGGCUCUCUGAGACCUCUCAAGCGGGGAAGUACUGUGAAAUGGAGGGCAACUUCUCCGCCAGUCGUUCGCUAGGACUGUCGAGGAGUCAGGAGCCUUCGGAGGAGAUGAACUACCAGAGGUCUCCUAUGGAGAGCUGUCGGCCGAUUGGUCUGGUGGACAAACACAUCCUACUGUUGGUGCAUGGUGUCGGGGACGCAGGUCCAGAGAUAACCGAUGAGCUGGUCAAGUUGCUCCGCAAGCGUCUCGACGAGACCACUCUGGACAUCAUCACGGUCAUGCUGGUCAGGAACUGCAAGUUGACCCCCGCUGAUGUGGAGUUCAUCCAGCCAUUGGGCUCUCCUUCAAACGAAGUGAUGCAGUUCAGCCUCCCGCAGUACUGCUUGUCUAUCCUGCCGGCAGUAGCCCACUACCUCAGGCAGAAUCUCCUCAUCUUCCUGCAUGUCCCAAAGUACACAGACAGCAACACAGCACACCACUUCAAGCACUACUUCCAUGCGUGCAGUGGUUUGCCUGAUGGUGAUAUCUACCUCUACAAUAAGCCCGGUGGACAGGGGACCGGUGGCAAAGGGAUCGCUUGCAUCACACUGUCGUUUGUGGAUGCUCAAGGGGGCGCUGUAGUGGUGCCAGCACAGGACUGCAUCGCACUGCAGAAGCAGAACCCUUUCAACACCCCCCUCCACCCAGACCAGUUUGAAGAGCUUACAGCUGUUUUUAAGAUGGAUUCUUCAAAUAGCCUCUCAGUGCCACAAAUGCAGGUCCGCUUUGAUGUCUGGGAGCAAGGCAACAUCAGCCCCUUGCAGCUCGGAGUCAAGCUCCAGGGAGCUCUCCGCCAUGCACUGUGUGACGUGGUCAUGGAGCUGAACCUGCUGCCCAACCCUCUUUGUUUGGGGGCCUUCUGUGCGGCGCCAAUAGUUCAUAGGGAAGAGAGUAAAGCAGUGUUCAGUCCCUCACCUGAAACAAAGGAGCUCAAGGAGACGCACCGCAUCAGCGCCCGUGUGUCCAAGAACAGCCCCUCCCCCAUCAUCCUACCCCAGGCCCAGGGGGGCACCCCCACCCCGGGGAGCAGCACGCCAGAGUCUACCACCCCCACUAGCAAGAGCGGUCGGCGCAGCUUCUGGGAGAUGCUGGGCAAGGCGGAGUCUUCGGAACUGGUGAGCCCAAAGACGACGGAUGACAUCGUGCCAGAGAAGGUGGAGGAGGGGAAGGUGGUGCGUCGUAGGCACAAGACGGAGAGUGUGAAGCAGCAGUGGAGCCAGGAGAGGGCUGGGGCGGUAGAACUGGAGCAGCUCCAGAGGAAACAAGUGUCCCAGUUAGAGGAGGGCGAUCUGGGCACCCUGCAUCCUGUUUACCAGUUUAUUUGCCAACCAUGGAUGACCUUCAUGGCUCAACUUGGCUGCACUUCAGUCCAGCAGUGUACAGCUGAAAUAGCGUCACACUUUCUGCUGCCUUCAGUGUUGAUGGAGAUUGUUAAUUUGGUCAGUUCACUGGCCAAUGAUACAACAGUGAAGGUGUUUGAGAAGCAAAGUCGUUCUCAAAGCACAGACGUCUUCGUCCCGUUGCCGCUGGUGCAGCACUCCAGACCCGCUAGUUCGAACCCCAGGACCUUCAUUCUCGUCGGACGUAACUUCCAUCAGUGGCACUGCAGCACAGACCAAGAGCAAAGUUCAGAUGAGGAGCACAGCCCUUUGCUAAAUAGGUUCACACCUCAUAAAGGCCUCCAGCGCUUCGAGGCCUUGGAGCCAGCUGAUUGGCCUGGCCCGGGUACGGCCCAUGGAGGGGUAGCACCACGACAGAGGUUCCUCUUCAUCGCUGUGCAGGGCAAAAAGGUCACCCUCCACUGCUAUAACUGGCAUGUGGACCUUGGCUCCGAUCUGAACCGGAGGCUGGGUCAGCUUUUCAAGUGGCAGAACGCCAGGGCCCAUGUGGUGCACUGCCUACUCAACCAGAAGAUGGGCCUGUUCCAUCACUACUGCUUCUCAGACACUCCCAGCCAUGACGACUCCAAGCAGGAGCCCAACCCGUUCCUUAACCCUGCGGUGGAGCCUGACGCCCUGCUACGAAGCCCCGUGCCUCCAGUGACAAGCAAGGACCCGGGGCGGCUGGGCAGCUCCGGCCGCAGCCUGGCCCCCCUUCACUUCCCCUCAGAGCUGCUGCCGUUCGACGAGGCCCUGAGAGACAUGAGCACGGUGCGCCCGUUCGCCGUGGGUGAGCAGGACUGCCCAGAUGUCGUGACGAGGCAUGGGAACCAGCUUCUGGAGGUCAAGGCAGCCGAGCGCAGAGAAAUGGAGAAGCAGAUGAAGAUUGAGAACUUGUUUGUGACUUGGCAGCAGAGGUCUGCACAGUCCAACAUGCCUAUCUCAGCGGUAGACCUGGACAUUCUGAAGCAGUCCUCAAGGCUGGUCCACUACUGCGCCACCCCGCUCCUGUUUGAUCCCGCCUUCCGCAGGCAGAUCCAGGACGAGCAGUUCAACCGGCCCCCGGCUAAGAAGCGACACUGCUCCAGCGACUCAGCGGCCUCAGGACGCGACCGGAGCUACAGCACAGACUCAGCGGACACCAUACCCAGUCGGCUGAAGGAGGAGUCCUGGCUGCUGGAGCUCUCUAACACCUUCCUGCAGCAGUACAUCCAGUACCUGCAGAGCACAGGCUUCAUCCUGGUGCAGAUCCGGCCUCAGUCUCCUGCCCGCAACAGUGUUGCACGGGCCCGUGCUGCAAUGCUGAGCUCCAUGUUGUCUGAAGGGAGGAUGUCCUUCUCCUACGUCAAGCAGAAAAGCGAGGACAGCCCCAAGAUCACAGCGAGUGGCACCACACCAUACCACCUCCAGAGGGCGCUGCCAGGGGGAAUCGUGCUCAUCGAGUUGACUUUCCAGGGCUGCUACUUUUGUGUGAAACAGUACGCCUUGGAGUGUACAAGGAUCCCCAUGGGCCAGACAGUCAACUCUCAGGGCACCUUCCUCACCAAACCCCGUUGCAAGCCGUUUCCAGAAGCCAUACCAGUGUCUGACUCCGCGCUCUCCAUGCUCUUCACCGAGGAGUGUGACAAGGUGCGGGACCUCAUGCACGUGCACUCCUUUAGCUACGACUACCACCUGCGUGUGGUCCACCAGCACCUGGUGGGCUGCCACAUGAUGCUCCGCCAGGGCUACCAGCUCACCCAUUUCCUGGAGGACUUCAUUUCCCAUCAUCCUGAUAUUCCCAAAUUUGGUCGCAAUCAUGUGUUUCAAGGGAGCUUCUCGGUCUCCACGGGGAUGAUCACGGCCCACCAGCUGUACAACUACAUCACGGACCACGCCAACACCUACAGCAUGAAGCCUGUCCGCAUGUCCAAGACCGCCUGCACCGCUGACGGCAAGAAGGGGGGGCCGAGCGCCGAGCAGCACGAAUACGCCCUGGUGGCUCUGUGGAACAGCUCUGGUUCAUAUAAGGACCCUGAAGGACUCCAACACUAUGAUGACUUUGACGUGUCUCUGCUCGUGUGCCACAAUGCCGCCCCCUUCGAGGAACAGCUGGAAGGAGACCGACACGUGCUCAAGCUCCGGUUCUACGUGAUCAUGACGAGCCAGAGGGAACUGUUCCCUCGUCUCACCGCCGACAUGCGGCGCUUCAAGAAGCUCCCCCCUCUGCUCCACCGCGACCCCGCUGACCCCUCCGCCAGCAGCAACAGCAGGUCCCUGGAGCCGGCCGAGCUCGGAGGAGGAGGAGGAGGAGGAGGAGCGAAAGAUACGGAGUGCGACCCUUGGGAGGAGCACAGAGCCGCGACCGCCGCCUCCCCCGAGGCCAGCGAGUCCACGGCCCCGGUGGGGAUUCUAGCAUCCCUCAUCGGUGACGCCCGCGGCCUCCUGUACCCGUUCGCUCCGUUUCCCCUGCUCAACAGCGAGGUGCUGGCGGCGGAGCACCACAUCCAGGCCAGCGUGGAGCAGGCCAUGGGCCACUGCCGCCGGGACACCCUGUGGAGGAGGCUGUUCCACGGCGAGCAGCUGGACCUGGUCCUGGACAAGCUGAAGCUCACCAAGCUGUCCUUCUGCGAGCUGGAGGAGCUGCUGGAGACGGUGGUCAGCCGCUCCAUUGGGGAAAUCGAUCCCCAGCUGGACUGCUUCCUCACAAUGAGUCCUGGCUGGUACCAGAGUCUCAUUAAAGUGCUGCUUUCCCGCUUCCCUCAGAGCUGCCGACACUUCGAUGAAAAUGGCAUCCAGUAUCUGGCAGUACUAAAUCAGAAAUUUAUAGACUGCUUUGUCCUCGUUUUCCUUGACACACAAGCUGGAAAAACGAGUCUUAAAGUGGUGUUCCGCGAGCCGCUGCCUUCCCAACCGCAGGGCAGUACCAGCCCUCCACCGCAACUGGUGUCCAUGUACCACCACUUGGAAUCGGUCAUCAACACCGCCUGCUACACCCUCUGGACGGGUCUGCUGUAGACCCUUUGCUACAUCACAGGACUUCUCUGGGAUGUUUAGCAUGGAGGCUCAUGCUUUGUCUUCUACACAAAGUCAAAUGCAUUGGCACCUUUUGUGUGUGGAGACAGAUUUCUAACGAUAUUUUCCUCUUAAAAUAGAAUCUCUGUUCUUUGGAGGCUCUUGAAACACACUGAACAUGCAGGGGCGUUAAUUGCUUGCCAAACAGUUGGGGGAAAACUUUUGUUUGUUAUGGGUUCAUUACCUAUAUUAUGCUGUAUAUGAGCCCUUUUUAAAAUAGAACACAACUUGAGGCACAGGGAUUUAAUGCAGCACAAAUGCUGUUGAGUUAACAUGGUGAGAUAUUUUGACACCAAUACAGUUAAUAAUCCUGCAAAAAAGGGUGUACAAGGAAUUCAUUACCUACAGCAGUUUUGAUUUGCUUUAUUGCUUCACUCGCAUAAGCAGUCUUUAUUUAUAGUUAAUGUAAUAUAACCACUUUUUAUAAAUAAUUAAAAGCAUUGUAAAUACCUUAUUUUAAUAUACACUGAAAUACCACUACCAGUUUUUGUGGUGAAGGACAGACAGGUGAACUGAAUAGUGAACUUGACAAAUGAUUCUGCUAAAUCACUUCCCGAACCAGACUCAGCUUACCUUAAAGUGCCUUUCUAGAUUUCUUGUUUUGUGUGUCUUGAUAGUAUUUGUUGCAUCUGCCCCCAAAUAUUAAACACACUCAUUUGGUCAAAUAAAUUUCAAAGGUCCUGUUUUUUGGUUUAAACAAAUUGACUGCUAUUUUCAAAGAGCUACACAAACAACCAUCAAAUUUGUUCUUUCAUUAUUCGUUUUGGCUUUAAUUUCAUUUUUUUUGGUUUAUCCCAUUAUUUGGUUUACUUUGAAUAACCACCGUCAAGACUGAAGUAUGAUGAAGCCAGAUAGUCUUCAGGAACAGUUCAAACAUAAAAAUUAAGAUAUCAGUUCUAAAGUGGUUGCAUUUUUUAAGGAUGGAAAAUUUGAAGGGGGCUUUGUUGCUUAUUUACUAAUAGUUAUAUUGUUUGAAUAUCAAACGAAGGAGUGGUGGUGGUGGUGUGGUCAAAUGUGAAAUCUGAUGAAUUCAGAACGGUUACCCCCUAAGCAUUUUCCAUAUCACAGCGUAACUGCAGUUAUUUUGAAUGUAUUGAUGGAUUUGUAUGAAUAAAACUCAAUAAUAAAAUAGAUUGUCCUCUACAGUGAAAGAAAAA